AGUGAUGCCACCACUCCCUCAACUACGUCUACAGUCACUUCAAGUGAUGCCACCACUCCCUCAACUACAUCAACAGUCACUUCUAGUUAUGCUACCACUCCCUCAACUAUAUCAAUAGUCACUUCAAGUGAUGCCACCAAUCCCUCAACUACAUCAACAGUCACUUCUAGUUAUGCCACCACUCCCUCAACUAUAUCAAUAGUCACUACAAGUGAUGCCACCACUCCCUCAACUACAUCAACAUCCACUUCAAGUGAUGCCACCACUCGGCCAUCACCCACUUCAAGUAAUGGCAGCUCUCACUCAACUACAUCAACAGUCAAUUCAAGUGAUGCCACCACUCCCUCAGCUACAUCAACAGUCACUACAAGGGAUGCCAUCAUUCCCUUAACUACAUCAACAGUCACUUUUAGUUAUGCCACCACUCCCUCAACUACACCAACACCCACUUCAAGUGAUGCCACCACUCCCUCAGCUACAUCAACAGUAAUUUCAAGUGAUGUCAACCCUCCCAAAAUUCCCUCAACAGUCAGUUCAAGUGAUUCCACCACUUCCUCAACAGUCAGUUCAAGUGAUGCCACCACUCUCUCAAAUACAUCAACAGUAAUUUCAAGUGAUAUUACAUCAACAUUCAUUACAAGUAAUGCCACAACCCCUCAACUACAUCAACACCCACCUCAAAUGAUGCCAUCACUCCAUCAACAGUCACUCAAAGUAAUGUCACCACUCAUUCAACUACAUUGACAGUAACUUCAAGUGAUACCACCACUACUACAUUGACUUCAAGUAAUAUUACAUUAACACCCAAUUCAAAUGAAGACACUACUCCCUCAACUACAUCAACAUCCACUUCAAGUGAUGCCACCACUACUUCAACUACGUCUACAGUCACUUCAAGUGAUGCCACCACUCCCUCAACUACAUCUACAGUCACUUCAAGUGAUGCCACCACUCCCUCAACUACGUCUACAUCCACUUCAAGUGAUGCCAUCACUCUCUCAACUACAUCAACAUCCACUUCAAGUGAUGCCACCACUCCCUCAACACCCACUUCAAGUAAUGGCAGCUCUCACUCAACUACAUCAACAGUCAAUUCAAGUGAUGCCACCACUCCCUCAGUUACAUCAACAGUCACUACAAGGGAUGCCAUCAUUCCCUUAACUACAUCAACAGUCACUUUUAGUUAUGCCACCACUCCCUCAACUACACCAACACCCACUUCAAGUGAUGCCAUCACUCCAUCAACAGUCACUCAAAGUAAUGUCCCCACUCAUUCAACUACAUUGACAGUAACUUCAAGUGAUACCACCACUACUACAUUGACUUCAAGUAAUAUUACAUUAACACCCAAUUCAAAUGAAGACACCACUCCCUCAACUACAUCAACAUCCACUUCAAGUGAUGCCACCACUCCCUCAACUACAUCAACAGUGACUUCAAGUUAUGCCACCACUCCCUCAACUACAUCUACAGUGACUUCAAGUUAUGCCACCACUCCCUCAACUACAUCAACAGUGACUUCAAGUUAUGCCACCACUCCCUCAACUACAUCAACAGUGACUUCAAGUUAUGCCACCACUCCCUCAACUACAUCAACAGUGACUUCAAGUUAUGCCACCACUCCCUCAACUACAUCAACAGUGACUUCAAGUUAUGCCACCACUCCCUCAACUACAUCAACAGUGACUUCAAGUUAUGCCACCACUCCCUCAACUACAUCAACAGUGACUUCAAGUUAUGCCACCACUCCCUCAACUACAUCAACAGUGACUUCAAGUUAUGCCACCACUCCCUCAACUACAUCAACAGUGACUUCAAGUUAUGCCACCACUCUCUCAAAUACAUCAACAGUGACUUCAAGUUAUGCCACCACUCUCUCAAAUACAUCAACAGUGACUUCAAGUGAUGCCACCACUCCCUCAACACCCACUUCAAGUAAUGGCAGCUCUCACUCAACUACAUCAACAGUCACUACAAGGGAUGCCAUCAUUCCCUUAACUACAUCAACAUCCAGUUCAAGUGAUACCACCACUACUUCACCUACGUCUACAGUCACUUCAAGUGAUGCCACCACUCCCUCAACUACAUCCACAGUCACUUCAAGUGAUGCCACCACUCCCUCAACUACAUCCACAGUCACUUCAAGUGAUGCCACAACUCCCACUGCUACAUCGACAGUCACAAGUGAUGUCACUACUCUAAGACCAAUAAUGCCGUCAACAAGUGGUACUACUACAGUAAUAACAAGAACCUCAACAUUUGUAGCAGUAUCCACUCCCUCAACUCCCUCACAGGGACUAACUUUCAGAGACACUACUUUGGUGACAACAAUCAAAACCACUGUUGCAGAAUGCGUGUCAGAAACUCUGGUGAAUGUCAUCAGGCUGGAGAAAAUCACCAGUAAGUUAAUCAGUGUGAGUUGGACAGGUAUUAACCUGGACCAGCAGAUACAGUACAAAGUGAAGCUGGAGUCUGGUUCCAACUCAAGCCAGAGUGAGACCUCAGCCACCAAAGCUGUUUUCUCAGACCUUACUCCUGGAACCAUGUACACUCUGAAUAUUGAGUACUUAUCCUGCAGUAUCAAGAAAUACAUUUCAGCAAACAUAAUCACUGCUGGAAAGGUCUAUGAAUCUUUCACUCGAAUUCCAGGCAGAGAUUUUGUGUCUGAUUAUACAAAUCAAUCCAGCAAACUUUACAAAGACUUUGUAACAAAUUUCACCAUGCAGGUUGAAAACAAUCUCCCGGAGGAAUACCGGGACCUUAUCAGGGAUAAAGAAAUGGUGAUUGUUGUGACUGGUGUUCGCAGAGGAAGUGUGAUCGUUGACUUUGAUCUGGUCACUGCUCUGGAGGUCAACCUGUCAACCUCUGACGUGCAGAACAGCGUCAUCAAUGCGCUGAAAUCAUCUGCACUCGGAGUGGAUCUGAAUAUCACCUCUGUAAAAGAGGCAGAUAUCUGUCAAAGAGGCAGUUACACAUGCUCAAAAAAUGCCAGCUGUAUCAGAGAGGGACCUUCACAUACAUGUGAAUGCAAGGCAAAAUUCCAUGACAAAAAUCCAACCGUACCGGGAACUGACUGCAAGAGAAAUAUCACUCCAGGUGCAGAUCCAUGCAAAGGUUUGUGUUCAUCACUUGCUCAGUGUGUGGUUGGUCCUGGAGGCAGCCAGCAGUGUAGCUGCUAUCCUGGUUUGAUAGAUCAGAAUCCUGUUAAUCCUGGGAAGCUGUGCAUAGGAGUUUCCCAGAUAUCAACGGCCCCGGGAGAAGGCUGGAAAGUGGCGACCAUAGUCCUGGGAGUUCUGCUGGGCUUGAUUUUGUUAGUCGGGGUUGUCGUUCUGGUCAGCACCGCAGUGAGGAAAGCAACUGGCAAGCUGACCUCAUACAACCUCCAGCACACAGAGCACAACAGACAGGUGGUGUCCAAUGACUAUUUACAAGGAUGUUAUUCUUACCAGAUCAAAAAUAUCAAGAUAUUGAAUAUUAAUAACAUUUGAAUUAUAUAUUUUGAUAGACAAAAGUAUCAGCUAUCACACCAUGUAAAGGAACAACGUCCUAAUUCUUUAAUUGUUUUAUAAAAUUCAACUGGAUUGAUGUCAACUCCGUCAGACAAAUAUUUAUUAUCCAACAAGUGUUAAAUAAAGGCCUUGAUUGUUUAAUUCGAACAUUAGAUUAUUGAAAUAUGAUAUGAUAAUGCUCCAAGGCUAAUUUCGUUAGCAUUUUGACAUGUUUUUCUAGAUUCAGAACAUAAAACAACAUUUGGAAAGCAAACAAUAACCCUUAGGUCUAACACAGCAAAUAAGUCAGUAGUUUAAGCAUAUGUUGCAACAAUGUUAAAAUAUUUUUUUGCUGAAUAUUGACAAAAAGAUCGAUAUUAAGAGGGUUAGCCAUCAGUGAGUUGACAAGCCAUUGACGAGGCUAAUAACAAAUACUCAAAACAGCUUCUAAAAAUAAACGUUUAAUACAAACACUGGUAAAAAUAUAACCAUACUAUCAGAUCUUUCAGCACUCUGACGGAGUUGACUUUAGACAAAAAUCUGACGGAGUUGAUGUUUUACGGAGUUGACAAAAAAAUAAAAUAUUUCUUCUUCAAUCAAGUAAUAUGCUAAGUUUAUCCUCAGUUUCUUUAUGACUCUAAAACCUAAUCAUAUAAUGUCCUAUCUUAAUCUAUUCGGCAGAUGGAGUUGACAGUUUAUGAUUGUGACAAUGGUGAUUUUAAUAUGGUUUGUUUAAAUCUAUCAAAAGGAGAGAACUUUACAGACCGUGAGUUGUCUUGUUGCACUACAGGUAAUGAGGACAUGAAGAAGGUGUCCUGAUGGUGAAGCUGUCCCUGCUCAUUCAUGAUUAAUUUAGGGUUUUAGACAAAUCUGCCAAUGUUGACCAAAUCUCCUAGUUUUGAGAGAAAUAUUCUUUAAAGUCAGAGAGGGCUAUUGGAAGAAACUACAUACGAUAUUUUUUCAUUUAGUAUUCAUUAUUGCUUGUUUUUAAAAACGUUAAACGCUUUUUUUGGAGAGUUUGAAAUUGGGAUCCUUUGUAAGGGCAUGUCACAUUCUGACCUUAGUUUCUUUUUAUGUCUUUGUGUUAGGUUGGUCAGGGCGUGAGUUGGGGUGGGUAGUCUAUGUUCUUUUUUCUAUGUUAUAUUUCUAUGUCUUGGCCUGGUAUGGUUCUCAAUCAAGGACAGCUGUCUAUUGUUGUCUCUGAUUGAGAACUAUCCUUAGGUACCCUUUUCCCCCACCUGUUGUGUGGGAAGUUAACUUUGUCUUUGUUCAGGGCACAUAGCCCAAAGCUACACGGUUUGGUUUUUGUUCUUUGUUUUGUCGGUGUCAUUUUUGAAUAAAGAGAAAAUGUACGCUUA